AAGGAAUCUCAGGUCCACCACUAACAUCGCCUUCCGACGACGCAAUUCUUUGGGCUGAUGUCGUCAACUUGAAUCCGGGGCCGUUCUUCGCUGCCCGAGGAGUCCCCCAGAUGGCCUGCCCACGCCAAUUCCGCCGGCUCAAGGGAACAAUUCGACAACGGUAGGUGCUCCGGUAUUAUUGGUACUCCAUUGUUAUUGUUGAAACGAUCGACCGGAGUUACUUCUGUGGACCUAGACUCUGUCGAGCAGGGGAGGCAGUAGUCGGUCCCCCAGGCGGGGUUGAAUGCGCGGAACUCAAUGGAGACUACUGCCUAUUAUAACGACAAAGGAAGAAAUUCAGAAGGUAACGAAGUGCGAAAGGAUUGCUCUCGAGCAGGAGCAGAUUUUUGAGGACAUUGGCCGUCGUUGCUCCGCUCUGCUCUGCUUUUUGUCCUCUCUCUGUGCUGUCUGGAUACCUGCGCUGGUUGACCAUUGUUAUUUCUGGAACUUGGAUCGUUGUUAAUUUGCUUGCUUGACCUGCACAGCCAACUGGAUAUCUAUUGAUCUAUAUCUACCCGAGCUGAUUCAUUGUCCAUCUCGACCGCGGACGUGCGUGUUACUGACAAGAUGACUACCAACACUGUUCCUAUCGUCAAUGGCAACGGCAGCCCUGCCGCCGACAUCAACUCCGACCCAGACCGGAUCAAGUUUGCCUACUGGGUCCCCAAUGUCUCGGGCGGCCUCGUCAUCUCCAAGAUCCCCCAACGAACCAAAUGGGACCUCGACUCCAACAUCAAAUACGCACAAACAGCCGAAAAAGUCGGGUUCGAAUACGCCCUCUCACAAAUCCGCUUCAUGGCCGGCUACGGGGCCGAGUACCAGCACGAGCCAGUCUCAUUCUCCCAAGCUCUCCUACACCACACGACCAAACUCAAGCUGAUCGCGGCACUGCUCCCUGGACCCUGGAACCCCGCGGUGGCAGCGAAACAAAUCGCCAGCAUUGACAACUACAGCAACGGCCGAGUAGCCGUCAACGUGGUCUCAGGCUGGUUCAAAGCCGAGUUCACCAGCAUUGGACAGUGGUGGCUCGAUCAUGCCGAGCGAUACCGGCGCUCGCGCGAGUUUAUCGCUUGUCUUAAAGGAAUCUGGACACAAGACAAGUUUUCGUUCUCGGGCGACUUUUACCAGUUCCACGAUUAUACUUUGCAGCCGAAACCGGUGCAAAAGCCACAUCCGGAGAUUUUCCAGGGCGGGAACUCAAUUGAUGCCAGGGAGAAUGCGGCGACGGUGUCGGAUUAUUAUUUUAUGAAUGGAAAUACGCUCGAAGGCUUCCAAACGCAAAUCGCCGACGUGCGCGCCCGCGCCGCCCGCGAAGGGCGCGCCGACCAAGUCAAAUUCGCCGUCAACGGCUUCGUCAUCGCGCGGGACACCGAGGCCGAAGCCAUCCGUGUCCUGCAAGAGAUCCAAGGCAAAGCCGACAAGGACGCCGUCGAGGCCUUUGGCGAGCAAGUGCGCAACGCGGGUGCGGCUACAGCCGACAAGACGGGCAUGUGGGCGAAUAGCAAAUUCGAGGAUUUGGUGCAGUACAACGACGGCUUCAAGACGAAACUUAUCGGAACGCCGCAGCAGAUUGCCGAUCGGAUUUUGCUGCUCAAGAGUUUGGGCGUGAGUAUUUUGCUCACGGCGUUUUUGCACUAUGAUGAGGAAGUGGAACGGUUCGGGAAGGAGGUGUUGCCGCUGGUGAGGAAGUUGGAGGCCGAGGGACGCGGGAAGGAUGUCGAGUAUGAGAUUAAGUUGACGGGGGAUGUGUAUCGGUCGAAGGAGGAGAAGAAGGCAUGAGAAUUGAUAGGUAUCUCCUAAGGUCGGUAUUAGGUGCCAGUGUCAGUGUUACUGAAGGGUUCACACUGGAAACAAAAAAAAGGUAAAGAAAGAAAUCAAACAUUAUGGAGUACUAGUGUCUCAUAUGAGUUGUCGAUAAAAAAAAAGGUCAGCUACGGUAACAACUGGUUGGACUGUUUUGUCUUUCGAGGAACUAGUAGUUUUUUAUUCUUUGAUUAUCUGAGCCAUCUCCAUCUAUAUACAAGGGAUGGUAUACGCCUCGGUGGGCGCGUUCAAGUUGCGACACUGACGGUAGUUUUCCUGGCCAGCAUACCGCACACAACUGAGUUGACCAGUGACCAUGGAUGGCAGCAGAAGCCCCUCUUCUCUCUCGUAUUCUCUGGUCUGUUCAUUCCUCAUCAUC